UAGUGGCUCGCCCAUCUCUGGGAUCAAUAAGUUUACUUUUUCUUCUUUGCCUUGUUUUUAUUUCCCCUUUCGCGUUAACUGGUGACUCCGCUGGUGACAUUACAUCAUUUGGAGGGAGGCCUGCUAAUCCCCAAUCCCGGCCAGAGCCACGACACGAUGACGGAGCUGCACUUGGAGGUGGAGAGCGUUCGCCUGGCGACAUUCGGGGAAUGGCCACUGAAUGCCCCCGUCUCCGCCGAGGAUCUGGUGGAGAAUGGGUUCUUCGCCACGGGCAACUGGCUGGAGGCCGAGUGCCACUUCUGCCACGUGCGCAUCGACAGCUGGGAGUACGGCGACCAGGUGGCGGAGCGACACCGCCGCUCCUCGCCCAUCUGCUCCAUGGUCCUGGCGCCCAAUCACUGCGGCAAUGUCCCGCGGAGCCAGGAGAACAGCGACCAGGAGGGCAACAGCGUGGUGGACAGCCCCGAGUCCUGCGCCUGUCCCGACCUCCUGCUGGAGGCCAAUCGCCUGGAGACCUUCAAGGACUGGCCAAAUCCCAACAUCACGCCUCAGGCUCUGGCCAAGGCUGGCUUCUACUACCUGAACCGCCUGGAUCACGUGAAGUGCGUGUGGUGCAACGGAGUGAUUGCCAAGUGGGAGAAGAACGACAACGCCUUCGACGAGCACCGCCGCUUCUUUCCGCAAUGCCCGCGGGUUCAGAUGGGCCCGCUCAUUGAGUUUGCCGCCGGCAAGAACCUGGACGAGCUGGGCAUCCAGCCCACCACCCUGCCGCUGCGUCCGAAGUACGCCUGUGUGGACGCCCGCAUGCGAACCUUCUCCGACUGGCCCAUUGCCAAUAUCCAGCCGGCGAAUGGCCUGGCCCAGGCUGGCUUGUAUUAUCAGAAAAUAGGCGACCAGGUGCGCUGCUUCCACUGCAACAUUGGCCUGCGCUCCUGGCAGAAGGAGGAUGAACCGUGGCACGAGCACGCCAAGUGGUCGCCCAAGUGCCAGUUUGUGCUGCUGGCCAAGGGACCGGCCUACGUAAAAGAAGUGCUCGAGGCGACGGCAGCCAACGCCCGAUCCCCGCCAGCCACGGCGCCGGCUCCUUCGCUUCAGGCGGACGCACUGAUGGACGAGGCGCCCGCAAAGGAGGCGCUUGCUUUGGGCAUCGAUGGCGGAGUGGUGCGAAAUGCCAUCCAGCGCAAACUGUGCAGUUCGGGCUGCGCCUUUGCCUCCUUGGACGAGCUGCUGCAUGCGAUCUUCGAUGAGGCCGGCGCAGAGGCUGCCCUGGAGGUGCGUGAGCCCCCCGAGCCGAGUGCCCCCUUUCUGGAUACAUGUCAGGCCACCACCAGCAAGGCAGCAGCGGUGCCUGUGCUAGUGGCCGAUUCCAUACCGACCAAACCGCAGGUAGCUGCGCCGCCAGUUGCGGAAACCACCAAGAUCACGGACCAGAUGCAAAACAUGUCGGUGGGGGCCACGCCCAAUGGUAACCUGUCGCUGGAGGAGGAGAACCGCCAGCUAAAGGAUGCACGCCUCUGCAAGGUGUGCUUGGACGAGGAGGUGGGCGUGGUGUUCCUGCCCUGCGGUCAUUUGGCCACCUGCAACCAGUGCGCCCCCAGCGUGGCCAAUUGUCCCAUGUGCCGUGCCGACAUCAAGGGAUUCGUGCGCACGUUCCUUUCGUGAAGGGGAUAAUCCACAUUAUACCGAGUUUAUCAGCUAGUUGUUAAGCGAAACGAUUGAUUGCACCACACAAACUACUACAGCGAAGUUCAAAUUAUCCGGUGAUUAGCCCAAUGGAAGAAUACCUUUAAUUGUCUACUAAGUACUUGUCCAGCUGCAGCUAUACGUUUUUACCCUAGCUACGGUUGUAAGCUGUUGUUACUAACUAUCGUCUAUAACUAUGUGUCCGAGCGAAUCCCUUUUAGACCAGACAUU